UUAAAUAAAAAGAACAUCACACCUAUGACAAUCAAUGUUUAAAUCAUUUAAGUAAGAUUUUAUUAUAACCACCAGUAAAUUCUACAUAUUUUCUUUGGAAGUUCUUUUUUGCUGGAUGGUUAUGAAAUAAAGCAUGAGAAGUCAUAUGACUUUGUAUAAAGAUGCAAUGGGAGUUCCAUCUUGCUGCUAGUUGGAUCUACAUAACUAAACGAUCACAGCAAAGUAUUAAUUAAAAAAAGCCGAAAUAUGUACCCAGACAUGAAUCCAUACUAUGAUAUCUUGAAAUCAUUCGUUCAUAUGUUGCCAGACCAGUCAAAAAGGUGUUUUUCGCCGAACUAUAGUCGGGAAAAAGGAAAAUUCCUUUACGAAUAAUAUUUACACAUCCAUGUAGAACGUUCUGUUACUGGAGCGCAUGGCUUCUCCUCAAAACAGAGUAUUCGAAAUUAAUUUGAUUUGUUCUCGGUUUUGGAAAUACAAAACCGAUGUUAACAGAAUGUUUUCCAUAAAGAUACAUUUAAGAAAAACUUAUAAUUUGUUAUUUUUAACAAAAAUUAAUUAAAUAAAAUGUACAUUUGUAGGGGAGCUAUAUAUUGUCCCACUGUGUAAUGUAGGGAAUUAAUAGAUAAAAUCUGAUUGUAUAAAGGAAUUGAUUUAAGUAGUAAAAAUGCUAUUUUCCAAAGAGAAUUCCACAUGUUUAAGAGAAUUUGUUAACAGAAAAAGCUUUAAAAAAGCUUACAAACACACACAUGUUUUAAAUGGAAACAUUCUCAACGAUCGCUGAGUGAGUAAGCUAAUAGAAGCAAUACACAACACAUUAUAGAUCAGUUCAUUUAGUACUACACGGCGUAUAAGUUGUAACGAACUACAGAAAAACGCGUCUCAUACAUUAAGCAAACAACGGCGCAUCGCAUAUAUAAAUAUAAUUUAAAACAAUACAAAUUUAAAUAAAGAACAAAUAUAUUUUAUAUGGAAAAUUUAAAUGAAAUGAAAAAUUCAAAGUGUAUGUAAAAUGAUUAAGAAAUAAAAAAAUAAUAAAUAAAUAAAUAUAUAAGAGAAAAUAAAAACAAAUACAACAACAAAGUAAAUUAUUAAUUAAUUAAAAAACCAAACAACAAAAAUAAUAAUUAUAAAAAUUUAUGAAAUUUUUAACUGCAACCAGAAAAAAUUUUAUUUUUUUCUUUUAUACAGAAUUCAAAGUGAACAACUGGAGUAUUUAGACAACAAAAAGUUUUAAAAUAAACAAAAAAAAAAAACUUAAACAACUUUUUAAAUAAAACCAAAACUAUUAAAAUCAAGAACUAGUCCACAAAUACAAUACCGAAAGAGAAAUUAAAUUUGGAACAAGUGUGUGUAUUGUUUAAUAAUUUAUCUAUAUAAAAAUAAACAUUAUUUUGUAUACAUAAAUAUUUGCUGUGUUAAGUAUUAAGAGAAAUGAGAAAGAAAAUUAAUUGCAAAUAUUAAAGGCGUUGACAACUGAAUACACAAAGCUGUACGCAUGUUUUCCCCCAAUCUGAAGUGACUGACCUUAAACAAGGAUGUAAACUAAAUUGUGAUAAAUGAGCAGCGUAUUAUCGAUACAAGAUUAAUACCGCAAAAUUAUUUGUUUAUGCAAAUAUUAAAACGCCCAAACAAAAACAAAAUAAUAACAAUGACCUUGUUUAUACAGUUCAAUAGAACAAACAAAUGUUUAAAAUAACCAAAUUAUAUAUUUAAAACAAUAAAAAAAUACAUGAGCAAAAAUAAGCCAAAUUAAAAUCCAGGUGGCAGUUUUUUAAAUGCCACUUCAAUAAGUUUUUAAGUGUGAAAAACAUUUGACAAAUGUUCAUGCAUGAUAUGCAUGUCUCGACAUACAGCGUCAAGCAAUUAGUGUCGGCAAUAAGACCUUAAACUUCAAAUGAACUUUUUCGUCUAAGUUUUAGAGGACAAUAAUUAAUAAACUCUUCGUUGACAUGAUGAAGCAUGAAACCAUAACAAAACCCCUGCCCAUUACUGCAGGCAAAGAUCAUCCUAAAAAGGGUUUAUGGAAGUCAAGAGGUAUUUCCGAGGGACCCACACCCAAAAGUCCCAUUACCAAAGCUUUUGAUUUUCUACCCUGGUCACGCAGCAAGAAAACAGCCAGCGAGAAAACCACAAAAUCUAAAAAUGAUUCAUCAUCAACUGCUGCUGCUACUGCUACUAAUGCCAACACAACUGCUGUAACUGCCGUUAAUGCUAAUCCGUCGGAUGAUAAAAAAGAUGCCUUGGCCUCUUUAAACUAUCAGCGCAAUAUAUUUCGUAAUGGCGGUGGCAUAAUACGUGAUAUUUUAAAUGAUAAAAUAAACAGAGAUGAAAGAACCUAUAAAAAAUCCAACAUACGUAGAGCACGCCAAGUGACGGGACGUAAUAAAAGUCUAGAUAUCAAUGAACUCAUCAAUUGUGUAGAGCAGGAACUUGCCGGCACUUCAGGUGAUGGCAGACAUAAUGUUGAAGGCAAAAGUCAUCGUUUUCUUGACGACACUUUUAUUGAGAAUAUAAUGAGAGCAAAAGAGGCCUAUCAACGUAAUUUGCAACAAGAAGAGUAUGACGAAGAGGAGGAGGAUGAACAAGCCUACUACAAUAGCCAUCACGCCCAUCACCGGCCCGCUGUGGAAUGUAAUGAUACAGAAGAUGAAUAUUUCUAUCAGCAACAACAAGAACUGGCUCAACUGUGUAAGCAUUCAGAUCCUUUAAAAAGUGCCAAUGGUACAACCAACCACAGUGGCAGUGGUAGCACCUCUCCCAAGCAUAUACUCUUCAAUGAUGAAAACACUGUUUAUCUUAUCAAGAAAGAAUUGCCGGUCAAUAAAACCCUAAAAAACUGUGAUAAAGAACGUAAACACUCAGAGAGUGUUUUAAAAGCCCGCCUUAAAUUCAAAAAACUUUCAGCCGAUAAUUCCCUCCCUCACGAUUCAAAAUCAAUGGUUCUCAACAAUAAUCGCAUCAUAGCGAACAGUAGACACCAGCCUCCCGUUAACAAUAAACGUAGUAUAUUACAAAGACAAAAUACAACACCCGAACAAUUUAGUUCUUUAACAAAUACCCGCUGUAGUCCAGAUGUCUUUCGCAAAAGAUCACCUUCGGCUGGACGCUAUCAAGCACCCUCACGUUAUUCACCUAAUUAUCCGAGACGUAAAUCCCUUACCGAAGGUGUAGUGUAUGAUCAUAAUACAACAUCGUUAUAUGAUAAUGGCAAUUCGAGUACGAGUAGCAUGGGCAGUGGUGCCAGUACUAGUGGUGGUAUUUUAAAUGAUCGUCCUAAAACCGAUAAACCGCGUAAGAAAUUAUCAUUUCGUGAACCAGUGGUGGCGGGUAAACGUCCAUCACGUCGCACUAGUGGCGAAGUUGUGAGUGUAACCACAAAUGGUUUGAAUGUCCAAAAGAGUAAUAAUAAUAGUAAUAGUGUUAAUAGUAAUUCCAACUGUGAUAAUGUAGUAGUAGCUAGUAGGCGUUCAACGCCGACAAAUGAUUCCAUGCCAACGGAAGAGGAUUUAAAACAGUCUCAGGCAAUGCGUAUUGUACGCACAGUGGGUCAGGCUUUUGAAGUAUGUCACAAAUUUAAUAUACAUAAAAAUUCCCUGGAUAACAAUGAUGAACGUUCCGAUAUCUCAUCAUCAGAAUUGUUAGAUGUUGAAACCCGUUCGGAUCAACAAUUAAGUGACGAUGAUGGACACAAUAAAAAAGCUCAUACACCAGAAUUAAAUUUACCCCAAAGGCCUAAUCACUUGGAAUUAGUGCCCCAAACAAAUCUUAGUAAAUCGGGAAGUUUUAUGACUGACGAAGACAAGUCACCCACGACUCCUUCAUCGCCCAGUCGUGAGAUUCAUAAACUCAAAGAUCAAUUAGAACAACAGGCUAUGCAAACGCGUCAGGCUUUAGCUCAAUUAAUGUUGGUCCGUGAACAGUUGAUAUCGGAAACGAAUGCACGAAUUGAAGCUCAGGCACGCACCCAACAACUCUUACAACAAAAUCGAGAAUUAUUAGAACAUUUGGCCUCGUUGGGAGCGUAUAAUGAACAGCAGUCACCUGGUUUAACCAGUGCUAAUAUUGGCAUGGCACCACAGAAUCAUUUGCAAAUGCUGUUACAAGCCACAGCUGGAAAUGCCAAUAAUAAUUUGGCCACCAUUAAUCAGCAAAUUAAUAAUUUGGGUUCAAUUAAUCAGCAGUUAACUUCGCUGAGUCACCAAUUAAGUGGCCUCAAUCAACAAACACAAAAUCUACAAAAUUUCCAACAACAGCAGCAACAACAUACACCCGUUUCUUCGGCGGGAGCUGGGCAAGGAAAUACUUUAACACCGCAAACUCCUACCACAUCAUUGCAUCAGUCUCAGCUACAUUUGAAUGUCUCUGCCGCAAAUGCUACAAGUGCCACAAAUACUCUAUCGACUAGUCCAUUUCCUUCCAUGAAUCAAUUACAAAACAUAACCACACAAUUGCAGCAGUUAAAUUCACCGCCAGUUAUGCAACAGCAGCAGCAACAACAAGCCCAAGAUGUUCUUUCAAAGGAUUUAUUCAAUGUCAAUCAGGAGUUGCUAAAUCGUUUGCAAGCCUUAAAUUUGGGUGCCACAACAUCGGGAGCAAUUGCCAUAGCUAAUGGCGGCGGUGGUGGUGGCAGUACACCACAACCACCUCCUUCUCCUCACAAUUCCUUUUUCUUUGUCAAUCCCAUGUCUUGCAGUCCUUCCAAUAACAACAAUACAGCCAGUAGCAACUAUAAUUUCUUAAAUACCCCCAGUUCCAUGGGUAAUCUAACGCCCUCACCCAUGGGAACCCUUAAUCGUAAUUCCUAUUCCAAUUCACCCAUUACUGAUGAAAUGCGCAUGAGUAUGGAGAAAAAUCUCAAUGCGCUCGAUGAACAACUAAUGAAAGCCAUAUCGAAUGGUAAUAUAGCCGCUUCUGCUUCUCGAGAAAAUAGCAGAUCAUCGUCAACGGUAGAAUCGCCGCUCACCUCUAUGGUGCGCAGCACUUCAAACUUAAAUAACAACAACAACAAUAACAACGAUAUGAGUCCCUCGACUUCUUCAUCGCCCCGAUUUAAUACGGUCAUGCUGAAGGUGACUGACGAAGCGGGUAAUGUGACAAAUCAACGAAAAUUAUCAGCAACGCCGAGUUUCAUAACACGCAGCACUAGCGAAAAGGUACCAAAUCGUAGUCAAAUUAUGAGUCAAGUUCAGAGAACGGCAUGGGCCCGUCACACUACCAAAUAGGAGUGGGAGAUCUUUUUUUAAGAAUUUCCAAGGAGUAACGGUCAUUCUGCUCGUUAUCAUAUAUGAGUAGAAUUACGAAACUAAUGAUAAAAAUCACAUGAUCAGUUCAAUUGCUCCUUGUAUUUUAACGUUCUGAAAUUUUAUUCAAAAGAAAACAAAGGGUAUUAAUUUAAGCUUAAAGUACAGCUGGAGUUUAUAUUCAAAAUAUGACAACUCCGAUAUUGAUCACAUACAUAAGUCGAUCACUAAAACAGAGGAUAAAAAAAUCAGAGUUUAAAUGUUUUGAAUAUAAACAUUCGAUCUUUUACUAAAAAUAAACGGGAUAUAAUAACAACUGAUCA